CCUUUGAGAACAGGAAAGUGGUUCUAGAAUGCGGCGACAAGGCAUUUUUGUAAUAAUUACGACACUCACGUUGUUGGCGGAACGGGACGGUGUUCUAGGUGGUAUGACACAGGAAGAUAUGGAUCGAACCGCCAAGGCCAUGAGAAACAUUUGCCAGCCCAAGUUCGGAAUUUCGGAUGAUGUUGCUUCCGGUGCAUCGAAAGGCGAGUUUCCGGACACGCGAGACUUCAGGUGCUACGCUUCAUGCCUAAUGGAUCUCACGCAAACCGCUAAGAAGGGAAAAUUAAACUACGAGGCGGCCGUCAAACAAAUUGACCUUCUUCCGGAACAUUACAAGGAACCAUUUCGUCUCGGAUUGGACGCUUGCCGUGAGGCGGCAGAUGGCAUUGAGGACAAGUGUGACGUUGCCUAUGCGCUGUUGAAUUGUUUCUUCAAAGCGAGCCCGGAAUUUUAUUUCCCCUAAGUCUGAACUGUUGUUUGAAACUUUUAAAUAUAUGCAGUUCCAGAAAUUUUUCUUUUCAUUUAUUGAAUAAGGCUGAUAUAAAUUUCGAAUUCUUUUUAUGUCAAAGGUUAUCAAAGUUAGCAAAGGGGGUGGCAAAAAAUAAACAACACCGAGACGAAAAAAAAGAAAUACCUUUGAUCAAAGUUU